CAGUGAGUGAGAUAGUUCAUCUGCGGUUAUAAUCCGGUGAUUGUCAAAUGCGAGCAGAUGCGAGUAUCGGUUGAUAUCACUGAUAUCAGUCGUUGUUGGUCGUUGUCUAUUUCUGUUUGACUUCUAUUUGAAAUUUUCCGACGGGCGAUGCUAUAGAUCAAAUAGCAUUGUUCUCGAAAUCGCGAUUCGCGGUGCUGUUCUUGAAAGACCGUUUUGGAAAAAUUCGAUGUGAUUGUCGUUCUGUCAUUUAAAAAGGAUUGCGUAGUAAUAGAGAAGGUGGCGAAAGAUGUUAGCCAGCAGCCAGCCGCAACGUAGCCACAUGUUUUGCCGUUCGCUAGCCUACCCCAAUGUUGACACAUUGAAGAACGAUCACUGAACGAGUGGAUCUCGAGCUGCCUUGUGGGGUGACGAUGCAAAAUAAUUCCAAGACCAGAGAGAUGUUUAUCGUCCGAGCUUUGGAAAAAAUACUGGCCGAUCGAGAUGUCAAGAGAUCGCACCUCUCGCAGCUCAGGAAGUCCUGCGAGUCUGCGCUCGAGGAUCUUCGCAACGAGAUUAAAGAUGUACCAGCUGCGCAGGGUGAAGAGGUAACCUCGAAUGCCCUUCCACAGCCCAAGAGCGACUCAAAUGUCAUCACAGCUGAGAAGUACUUUUUGCCAUUUGAGUUAGCGUGCCAGAGCAAGUCACCGCGGAUUGUGGUGACAGCGCUGGACUGCCUGCAGAAGUUAAUUGCAUACGGCCAUCUUACCGGCAAUGUACCUGAUUCGACGGAGCCUAAUAAGCUGCUGAUUGUGCGCAUUGUCGAAACAAUUUGUGGCUGCUUUACAGGUCCACAGACUGAUGAGGGUGUGCAACUGCAGAUUAUUAAAGCCCUGUUGACUGUGAUGACAAGUCAGCAUGUGGAGGUGCACGAGGGCACAGUGCUGUUGACAAUUCGUACCGUUUACAAUGUUUACUUGGCAUCACGCAACUUAGUGAAUCAGACAACAGCCCGUGCAACUCUAACGCAGAUGAUCAAUGUGAUCUUUGCGCGAAUGGAAACUCAGGCAGAAGAAGAGAAUGUGAGAAUCGAUGGAGAGCAUCAACAGGAGGUUCCUGUCAUAGUGAAUGGCGAAGCUGAAACCGAGUUAAAUACAGAGAAUGCUUCUGGCAACGAUGUCGUUGAUCCUCAAAUAAUUGUCAAGAGUAUCCUUGACGAUGUAGUGAAAUCCGUGGUGCCAUUAGAAGAGGAAGUCAGUCUGGAGAACAACGGCAGUCCAGAGGACAAUGGUGAUGAGGCGGUCGCUGAGAAUGACAAUAUGGUAACUGCCAAAUUCACUCAUGUGCUGCAAAAGGAUGCGUUCCUGGUGUUUCGUGCUCUCUGCAAGCUCUCUAUGAAACCGCUGCCAGAUGGCACUCCCGACCCGAGAUCGCACGAGCUCCGUUCUAAAAUCUUGUCGCUUCAAUUGCUCUUGGGAAUCCUGCAGAAUGCCGGUCCGGUAUUGCGCUCCAACGAGAUGUUCGUUAUCGCCAUUAAACAGUACUUGUGCGUCGCGCUGUCGAAGAACGGCGUGUCUUCGGUGCCGGAGGUGUUUGAAUUGUCGUUGGCACUGUUCCUAGCGCUGCUCGCGCGUUUCAAGAUGCAUCUCAAGAUGCAGAUUGAGGUAUUUUUCAAGGAAAUCUUCAUGAACAUCCUUGAGACUUCCAGCAGCUCCUUCGAGCACAAGUGGAUGGUCAUACAUGCGCUUACGAGGAUCUGCGCGGACGCCCAGAGCGUCGUCGACAUCUAUGUUAACUACGAUUGUGAUCUUUCUGCAGCAAACCUCUUUGAAAGGCUUGUCAACGAUCUCUCUAAAAUCGCUCAAGGUCGUCAGGCUCUGGAGCUAGGUGCGUCGCCAAAUCAGGAAAAAUCCAUGCGUAUCCGUGGUCUCGAAUGUCUCGUGUCUAUUCUGAAGUGUAUGGUGGAAUGGAGUCGGGAUCUCUAUGUGAAUCCCAGUGUGCCAGCGGACCAGCAACCGUUGUCAGAUCCAUCGGAUACAGCGCCUGAAACUCCGUUGCCGCGUUAUGGCAGCGCCGGUAGCCUCUCGUCGGCCAAUUCCAGUUUGACCGGCAACAAGGAGGUCCCGGACUCGCCUGAACAAUAUGAAGUGCAGAAGCAACAGAAGGAGGUUUGGGAGACCGGCAUCGAGAUCUUCAGUCGGAAGCCUGGUAAGGGCGUACAGUACUUGCAGGAGCAAGGGCUGCUCGGUAGUUCGCCGGAGGACGUGGCUAGGUGGCUUCACCUGGACGAGCGGCUCGAUAAAACUGCUAUUGGGGACUUUUUGGGCGACCAUAAUCAUAACCAAGUAAUGUACCAUUACAUUGAUCAGAUGAACUUCGCCGAACGCGAUCUAGUAACUGCACUCAGGUAUUUCCUGGAAGGUUUUCGGUUGCCCGGUGAGGCACAGAAGAUCGAUCGGCUGAUGGAAAAGUUUGCUAGUCGUUAUUGCGAAUGUAACCCUAACAAUGGCCUGUUUACAAGUGCGGAUACAGCUUACGUUCUCGGCUUUUCAAUCAUAAUGUUAACCACUGAUUUGCACUCGCCGCAGGUUAAGAAUAAAAUGACCAAAGAACAAUACAUUAGGCUUAAUCGGCGUAUCAGCGACAACGAGGAUCUUCCUGAGGAAUACCUUUCUAGGAUCUAUGACGAAAUCGCCGGUAACGAGAUUAAGAUGAAGUCGAAUCCUAAUAAUAGCCGACUUGCUGGCAAACAGCUGAUUUCUAGUGAGAAGAAACGACGGUUGUUAUGGAAUAUGGAAAUGGAAGUAAUUUCUACAGCGGCUAAGAAUCUGAUGGAAUCUGUCAGUCAUGUUCAGGCACCAUUUACUACGGCGAAACAUCUGGAACACGUGCGGCCGAUGUUCAAAAUGGCCUGGACGCCAUUCCUCGCGGCCUUCAGCGUUGGACUUCAGGAUUGCGACGAUCCAGAGAUUGCGUCGCUCUGCUUGGACGGUAUCAGAUGUGCCAUUCGUAUCGCCUGCAUCUUUCAUAUGAGCCUAGAACGCGAUGCUUAUGUACAAGCUUUGGCGAGAUUCACUUUGUUGACGGCCAACUCCCCUAUUACCGAAAUGAAGGCGAAGAACAUCGAUACCAUCAAAACUCUCAUCACGGUGGCUCACACCGACGGCAAUUAUCUAGGCAGUUCGUGGCUCGACGUCGUCAAGUGCAUCUCUCAGCUGGAGUUGGCGCAACUGAUAGGCACUGGAGUGCGGCCACAAUUGUUGGGCCCACCAUCAAAACCGCACUUUCCUUCGCCGUUAGCGAACUUUGGCAAUCUCGCGCACUCCACCAACUCGCACCAGACCAACAAUCUCAAUUUGAGCUCGUUGGAUCCUAGCGUGAAGGAAUCCAUCGGUGAAACCAGUUCGCAGAGCGUCGUCGUAGCCGUUGAUCGCAUCUUCACCGGCUCGACGAGACUGGAUGGUGAUGCCAUUGUCGAAUUUGUCAAAGCUCUCUGCCAGGUAUCCCUUGAGGAACUGGCACAUCCCACGCAACCGCGCAUGUUUUCUCUUACGAAGAUCGUCGAGAUCUCAUACUAUAACAUGGGUCGUAUUAGGCUGCAAUGGUCCAGGAUCUGGCAGGUCCUUGGUGAUCACUUUGACAGAGUGGGAUGCAGUCCUCGGCAGGAUAUCGCGUUUUUCGCGGUGGAUUCUCUGAGACAGCUAGCUACCAAGUUUAUCGAAAAGGGCGAGUUUGCCAACUUCAGAUUCCAAAAAGACUUUCUCAGGCCAUUUGAGCACAUUAUGAAGAAGAACAGAUCGCCUGUGAUUAGAGAUAUGGUUGUGAGAUGCGUGGCGCAGAUUGUUCACUCGCAAGCGCCGAAUAUUAGAUCCGGUUGGAAGAACAUUUUCAGCGUUUUCCACCACGCGGCCAGCGAUCGUGAUGAAUCUGUUGUUGAAUUGGCCUUUUCCAUGACCGGCAAGAUUAUUAACGAGCUGUAUGCAGAGGACUUCAGUAUCAUGGUGGAUUCUUUCCAAGACGCCGUCAAAUGUCUGAGCGAAUUCGCGUGCAACGCGUCUUUUCCAGACACCAGCAUGGAGGCAAUUCGAUUAAUACGUUCUUGCGCUUCUUAUAUUGAUGCGAAUCCUAAUCUGUUUGCCGAGGGUAUGAUGGACGACAGCGGAAUGGUCUCCGAGGAAGAUCGAGCCUGGGUGAGAGGAUGGUUCCCACUGUUGUUCGAAUUAUCCUGCGUUGUGAGUAGGUGUAAGUUGGACGUUAGGACGCGCGCGCUGACAGUACUCUUCGACGUCGUCAAAACUCACGGUGCAUCCUUCAAGCCUCAUUGGUGGAAAGAUCUCUUCCAAGUCCUUUUCAGGAUCUUUGACAACAUGAAGCUGCCCGAGCAGCAUACUGAGAAAGCUGAGUGGAUGACAACAACGUGCAAUCACGCGCUAUAUGCUAUCGUGGAUGUGUUUUCGCAGUUUUAUGACACCCUGGGCCCCUUGUUGCUAGAGCAGCUCUACUUCCAGCUUCUCUGGUGUGUUCAGCAGGAUAAUGAACAGUUGGCACGAUCGGGCACGAAUUGCCUGGAAAAUCUGGUCAUCAGUAACGGCAUCAAGUUCGACGAACAAACUUGGGAGAAGACUUGUCAAUGCGUUUUGGACAUUUUCGAAAGCACUCUACCGUCCGCGCUGCUCACAUGGAAACCACACUCGUCGAACAAGGAGUCGGAUCUUGAUGUGAUUACCGGCGAGUCCGACGGUCUUCAUGCCGGUAUCCUGAAGAGGAGCAAUAGCGCGCAAAGCUUGAACACCGAGACCAUGCCGAAGGCGAAGCUUUUCUCCGCGUUACAAAUCAAAUGCGUGGUCCAGCUUGAAUUAAUACAAACCAUCGACAAUAUUGUUUUUUACCCAGCAACGUCGCGCAAGGAAGAUCAGGAGAAUCUGGCGCUUGCGCAGGCCGACAUGCUGAACGGCAAGUCGUCGGAGCUUGUAAAGGCCGGCGCUGAUCAGCAAAAGGAGGAACAGGGCAUGUAUUGCGCCCUGACAACGAAUCAUCUCCUGCAGCUGGUGGAAUGCCUGCUGCGGUCGCACCGCUUCGCCAAGAGCUUCAAUUCGAACCACGAGCAACGCAACGUGCUGUGGAAGGCCAGCUUUCGAGGUAACAUGAAGCCGAAUCUGUUGAAGCAGGAGACGCAGUCGCUCGCUUGCGCGCUGCGUAUUCUCUUCAAGAUGUACAGCGACGAGGCGCAUCGCGCGGACUGGUCCAAGGUCGAGACGCGACUGGUCGAGGUGGCGUGCGAAGCCCUCGAGUAUUUCCUGUCGCUCGCUAAUGAGGCCCACCGCGACGCCUGGACCCCGAUUCUGUUGCUGCUGCUCACCCGAAUCCUAAAGAUGAGCGAUCAUCGCUUCGCAGUUCACGCUUCCACCUGCUAUCCCUCCCUCUGCGAGGUCAUGUGCUUCGAUCUCAAGCCCGAGCUCAGGUCGGUGCUGCGCAGAUUUUUCCUCAGAAUUGGACCAGUCUUCAGAAUCACGCAGCAAUAGUGAUGGGUCACCUGACAGGUAUUCAGAAUCGUCUCGAACGGGGUCGAAUGAUUGGCCGCAACAUUAUUCGCAAAAAGAGACGGAUGUUACGUGUGUGUACCCAUUUUCAUUCCGGCGAUAAAAUUGUAAUUAAAUGUAAAGCGCGGUUAGAUACUUUGACCCGUAUUAAAUUAUUUAUAUACGAUCCGACGACUUUCACGUAAAUAAAUUUGUACACAUCGAAUUUUCUUAGCAUGUCCGCGUUAUAUUUUACAUUCACAUCGACGCA